AUGGGAGCAUGCACUGGAAAGCAAGGAGUAGUUAGACCUUUAUCUCCAAAUGAAGAAUAAGAGUUAUAAGUCUAGUAAUAACAAAUGUUUCCUAAGCAAUUAAAAACAUCCAAGGCAAGAUAAAUAUUUGAAGAUGAAACGAUUCAAGUAAUUGCAAUUGACUAGAAAAAGCCAGCUCCAUCCCAAGUUAAAUAAUUUGUUUAAAAUGAAGAGUAUGUGGUUAUUCCUAAGAUGACAGAUAAAAUUCCAACUUAGAUGAGAAUAGCUAGGAUAAGUGAUGAGAAAAAGAGUAGCAAAAAGAUUUACUUCGCUAGAAUUAAUAAUUCUGAUGGAGCAUUAGCAGGAAUAUUUGUAUGA